AUGUCAAAAAGCUUCAAAGAUUUAGUCGCAAGGCGAAAUCUGAAGGGCUCUGACGACGGCACUUUCGUCGAGGAUGAGGAGCCUGCAGUGAUGAUGUACAUGCCCUCCGAUGGCACCUUUGCGGAAGAGUCGUCUACCCUCUUCGAGGGAGAAAGCAGUUCAUCGCAAUCCGUAAAUAGACACAAGCCUCGCCAACUGAGUAUGUCUGAUGCUGCUGUGGUGGCUUCCUUGAAACAAGUUCAUUACAACGAAAAUAGAGUUGCUUUGGAUAGAGCGAUCAACCUGACAAUCGAGCUUUUACAUGAGCUCGCGGCUGAAAAUCGCCUGAGACCAAUAUUCUUCCCAGCAGAAGAUGGGGCGUCAGAAAACUUGCUUUUGAAUUCUCCUCGUGCACAUCUUGCCUUGGUCAGGCGGAAAACUGAUUUGGAGGCAAAGACUUUGGGGAAGGCAAAAGCGGGUGAUUUAGAUGGGAUCGAUAUCGAAAAGGAGGAUGAUGAAAACAAGCUCAAGGGCAUGAGGACAGCAGACUUCAAGGUGCUCAAACUCAACUUGAAGAUGGGACAUUCAGGAGCCAAGCUCAUGAAUAACUUGGACAAAAAAUCUGUGUCUAUGUUGCUAGAUCAGAAGUUUUCUCAACAAAUCAAGUACCUACUUAAUCUCAAGGAUCGUGUUGAUGACACGUCUUCAAAGGUGUUUGUCACUGGUGAUUUGAACGCUGGCAAGUCCACCUUUUGCAAUGCACUUCUCAGAAGAAGAGUACUUCCCGAAGAUCAACAACCCUGCACCUCUGUGUUCUGUGAGGUUGUUGAUGCAGCUAAAGAAAAUCAGGGCAUUGAAGAAGUUCACGCUGUACCAAUAGGCGAAGAAUACAAUAGAUCCAACGAAAGCACCUACGAACGCCAUCAGCUCAAUGAACUCGAGGAUUUGGUGUACGAGUGUGACAAGUAUGGUCUCUUAAAGGUGUAUGUGUUAGACUAUAGAACUGCAGAGGAGAGCCUCUUGGGUAAUGGUGUCAUAGACAUCAAGCUUAUAGAUGCCCCUGGCUUAAACAUGGACUCCUAUCAGACAACGCAGGUUUUCUCGAGGCAAGAGGAAAUCGACUUGGUCGUGUUUGUGGUUAACUCCGAAAACCAUUUCACACUCUCCGCCAAGGAAUUCAUCGCAGCAGCUGCUGCUGAAAAGCAAUAUGUGUUUAUUGUGGUCAAUCGUUUCGACAACAUUAAGGACAAAAAUAAGUGCAUGUCUAGAAUUCUAGACCAGGUAAAAAAUUUAUCCCCUUACACUCACAAGGAUGCCAAAGAUUUUGUGCAUUUCGUCAGUUCCUCUGAGGUUUUGAACGGUCUUCCAGAUGACGGCGGGGAUGGUGGCGAUGGGGGGGAUGAUGACCCGGAUGGGAAUGGCAGGCCAGAUUUCAAUGAUCCUAAUUUUGACAAGUUGGAAAACUCAUUGAGAAAAUUCCUACUUGACAAAAGAUCCAUCUCAAAGUUGCUUCCGGCGAAGUCCUACUUGUUGAACAUUCUUGCCGACUUGAAGACUCUUUCUGAUAUCAAUCGUGAGAUUUAUUAUCAUGAGAUCGGACGGAUGCAAAAGGAGCUUCAAACCAAUGUGGCUCCAAAGUUUAAUCAAAUGAUGCUCGAGUCGGUUCAAAUGAAUGAUAAGAUUACCAAGCUCGUCGAAAAGACGUGCUCAGCUGCAUAUGAUUUGACCAGAAAAGAGAUCAUGACCACAGUUGAAAAUUUUGGAUCCUCACAAAUUGUUCCUUAUCCUGGUUUGCAAUUCGUGUACGAUUAUGCCAAGGAAACACAAAGAAGAAUGAUCGACACAAUUGUCUCAUCUGUGCAAGUAAGCGAAGAGAAGGCCAGACUUUUGACGGAAAAGUCAGUACAAGAGAUCGUAUCCAUUGGCCAAAAGAGUUUGGGUGACGAAUUUUUGUCCGAUAAAGUAUUCAAAGCUGAUUUGAUGUUCACUAGAAGACGUGAUACAAUCAAGAGACAGUUGAAUGAUCAGAUCGAGAUCUCAGAUUUCUUUGAUCCAUCUUUUAGCGCUGUGCUCAUGUGGAUGGGCAUCCCAACCGAAGUUAUAUCAACCACGAAGCUGCAAAUGGAAGUCCUCUAUCCACUGCAUCUUUUGACUGCCCUUCCAACGUCCGUCUAUUCUUUGAAGAAACAAUUGCCAACUCAACUCACUUUACAAACGUUGUACUCAUCCACAAAGUUGCUCACUACAGGUGCUUUAAUUAGAAAGGCAUACAAUCUUUCAGGCUUACUCAAGCCAUCCGUUGCUAAAAAGGUUGUCGUACCUCUAGCUAUAUUUGUUGGAGGCUUCACCGUGUUCUACCUCAUCAAUGAUAUUUCGAAUGCAUUCCCCAGAAAGCAGGCCAGAAAGUUGAAGAAGCAGGUUAUUGAAAUGGAUUAUGCUCAUGUUAAUGCCGACAGAAUAUCUAAAGAGUGCAGACUGGUACUAAACUUUCCUUCAAGACAAGUGAUGAAUAAUUUCCAGACAAGCAUCGAUAAAAGAGGUGGAGAAAAAGAGAGGCUUGAAAAAGAAAUCAGAACCGCCAACAUCAGCGCAGGAUAUUUCAAGAACUUGAUUGAGAAGAUAGCAAACGAAACAAAAUUCGUUGAGGAUAUCGACUUGGAGAAAAUCCACUCUGUUGAUUGA